GAAUUGGAGAACCGGAGCUUCGAGAUAGCUUCAAUCAGUCAAAUCUGAAUCUCUCACCUCCAGACUCAAUCGCCCAAAAUGACGACCAACAUAGCCCUAGAAACCUCCAUGGGCACCAUAACCGUCGAACUCUACAGCACCCACGCGCCGCGAACCUGCACGAACUUCCGGACACUAGUAUCACGCGGCUACUACAACAACGUGAUCUUCCACCGCAUAAUCCCGAACUUCAUGGCGCAAACGGGCGACCCGAGCGGCACGGGACGAGGCGGGACGUCCAUCUACGGGGAGAAGUUCGCGGACGAGAUCGCGCCGGACCUGCGACACACGGGGGCCGGGAUCCUGAGUAUGGCGAAUGGCGGCAAGGACACGAACGGCUCGCAGUUCUUUAUGACGCUGGCUCCGACGCCGUGGCUCGAUGGCAAGCACACUAUUUUCGGACGCGUGAAGAGUGGGCUUAGUGUGCUGAAGCGGAUGGGUAUGGUGAAGACGGAUGAGGACGAUAGGCCUCUGGAUGAGGUUAAGAUUAUCCAGGCGAGGGUUCUUGUCGACGAGGAUGUUCUCUAAUGACCAUGUUCACAAGAAGGCGGUUGGCAUUAUGAUAAACCGAUGAGAUCGGGUUAUAUAUCUGGCAGGUAUGCAUGAGUCGGCGUUCCGGUUUCAAAAGGCUCGAUGGUUUUAGAUAGAGAUACCAAUCACAUAGCAUUCAUUGUCAAUUGCAUCGUAU